GCAUCGAUUUAUACGUAAUUCUCUUUUCCACAGUGAUGCCCAGUUCGCAAUUAAUACGGGACAUCCGAACAUGGGAGUAAAAACCUGACGUUAACAAAAUGCGGCUCUCGAACAGCGACAUAUUUAAUUUUAAAAUACAGACUUCUCUUCUCCAGUUUUUUGUGCAUUCGUUCCUUGUUAAAAAAAAAUAAAGUCUUCACAGCUUUCACUAAGUUCUCGGCGCUUUUGUGUGCGUACCGGUAAUUUCAACAAGCCUGUUUCCAAUAUUUACGCAGCGUUCGGAAAAUGGACUCAGCCGCUGUAAAUAUAUACUUGCAGCUGAUUCUCAAUUGAUUUAAGGUUAUGGCACGUAUUGUACUGUUUAAUUGAAUUUGCCAUUUUUCAAUAAUGUUUUUAACUUACAAUUAGUUUCUACAUUCAAGAUCAAUUUAUGAAACGUACAAGAUUCCUAAAAUUUUAAGUUGACUUAUCACUGAGGAGAUGAAAAGCUCAUAAGACACUAUGUGAGUGAGUAUAUAGCGAACCGAGACAUGCGUAGAAGUUGGAUUAGCGGGUACACCGGAAGCGCAGGAACUGCUGUCGUAACGUUGAAUGAAGCAGCUCUGUGGACAGACAGUCGUUACUACGAACAGGCCACCCUGCAACUCUCCGACGAUUGGGUGUUGAUGAAGAGCGGCCUGACCUCUACACCCAGUCUUCAAGUUUGGCUCACCACUGUUCUUGCAGCAAACACAACAGUCGGAACGGAUCCCGAAAUAACGACCUAUUCCCAAUGGACGACAUGGAAUGCGGUGCUCGCUGCCAGCAACAUAAGUUUAUUGGCUGUGGAGGAUAAUUUGAUCGACAUUAUUUGGACGGAUCAACCUGCCUAUCCAAUGGAUGCAAUUUUCGAUCAUCCCAUAGAAUUCGCUGGUUUGUCGCGGGAAGAAAAGCUCGCGAAUGCAAGGAUUGCCAUGGCGGAAGCCGACGUCGAUCUCUACGUGAUAACGGCUUUGGACGAGGUCGCGUGGCUGACGAACCUUCGAGGAUCCGAUAUUCCAAAUACUCCGGUAUUUCGCAGCUAUCUCCUAAUCACGAAUGAAACCGCCACCAUUUACAUUCCAUCACCAGAGACCAGACUCAACGAAACUCUGAUUGAGGAUUUAACUGCCGCUGAGAAUUCCAGCUUUGCGAUCGCCGAUUACGAGAACAUAUGGGAGGACUUAGAAAUUGCCGGAGAAUUGGCCACGGCCAUUUUACUGCCUGCACCGUACAGCUACGCUUUGGGAAUAAGUUACCGAGUUUACACAACGGUUCCCUCAAGUAAAGUCAAAUCUGCAACCUCACCUGUGUUGCUGGUUAAGGAUCGGAAGACCGAGGUCGAGGCGAAUGGGAUGCGAAAUGCGCACAUCAAGGACGCCGUGGCGCUGUGUCAGUUUCUCUACAUCCUCGAGGAAGCGAUAAAUAACGGUGAGGAGUACGACGAGCUUCGUGCUGUUGAAGAACUAAGCGCCCUUCGAGCUGCUCAGGCGUACAACUUCGGUGACAGCUUCGACACCAUCGCUGGAUACGCGGCCAAUUCCGCACUGCCUCAUUAUACUCCAACAAACGAAACCAAUGUUGUCAUUGGCACCAACAGCACCUUCAUGUUGGACUCCGGAGGACAAUAUUACGAUGGAACAACCGAUGUAACUAGAUCAAUGCAUUAUGGCACACCGACGGAAGAGCAGCGAGACACUUACACGGCACUUCUGGCUGGCUGCAUAGAUUUGGCUAGACUAAUAUUUCCAGUUGGCCAAAGUUACUCUACGACCGAUCUUCUGAUGCGGUCACAGCUUUACAGACUUGGAAGGAAUUAUGGUCAUGGCAGCACGCAUGGCGUUGGCUAUUUCUUGUCGGUUCACGAAGCUUGGAACACCACUUAUGACGUUAACUUCUUCGGAUCCCAAGAACCUGGUUAUUACCAGGAAGGAUCCUGGGGAAUGCGACUCGAAAAUUUAGUCGUCGUAGUGCCGGCGAAUACGACGUAUGAUCCAGAAGAAACGUUUCUGACAUUUGAAACCGUCACGUUGGUUCCCUACGCCAGGAACUUAAUUGACGAGACCAAACUAUCCGACGAUCAGCUGUCAUGGCUGAACGAGUAUCACGCUACAGUGAGGCUGAAAGUGGGUGCCGAGCUUCUGCGACAAGGGCACAACGCGACUUAUGACUGGCUGGUUGAACAGACGAAACCAAUUACAAGACCGAGAAACGUUUAUCGAAGGUUUAAUUUUGUUGCUCUUCCGUAAACCGGCAAUUACAAAAUCGAUAAUAAAUUGAGAUAUUCUGUCAAA